AUGGCUCCUUCAGCAACUACAACCACGGCCAGCUUGGUCACCGACGCCUCCAAGCUCAAGCUGUACCCCGGCCACGUCGAGGGUGUUUACAAGGAGCUGUCUCCUGUCGUGUACAAGAAGGAGGAUGAGCUCAAGGGAACUGACGACUUUGCUGCGGCCAAGUAUCCCAACUACCUCCCCACCUGGAACAAGGACCAGGUCUACCCUCCCCUCGAGCCCUUUGAGCACUACGACCACGGCCGCGACGCAGACCCUACUUUCCCCAACCUCAUCACAAAGGACACCAAGGUCUCGCACCUUACUCCCACCAUCGGCACAGAGGUCGAGGGUGUCCAGCUGAGCAAGCUCUCCAAAGCCGGCAAGGACGAACUCGCCCGUUACGUCGCUGAGCGCAAGGUCGUAGCCUUCCGGAACCAGGAUUUCGCCGACCUUCCCAUCUCCGAGGCUCUCGAGUUUGGAGGCUACUUUGGCCGUCACCAUAUUCAUCCCACCUCUGGUUCUCCCGAGGGACAUCCCGAGAUUCACCUCGUGCACCGUGGUGCGGGAGACAAGUCCCACGAGACCUUCUUCAAGACUCGCGUGAGCUCCGUGGCGUGGCACUCGGACAUUACCUACGAGCAGCAGCCCCCAGGAACGACCUUCCUGUACAUCCUCGACACCCCUGACACCGGCGGUGAUACUCUCUUUGCCAACACCGUCGAGGCCUACGAGCGUCUGUCCCCUGCUUUCCAGAAGCUGCUGCACGGCCUCAAGGCUACGCACUCUGGUAUCGAGCAGGUCAACGCCAGCGUCAAGAAGGGUAGCAUCAAGCGUCGUGAGCCUGUUGUCAACGAGCACCCCAUUGUGCGAACACACCCCGUCACUGGUGAGAAGUCGCUGUUUGUCAACCCUCAGUUCACCCGCGACAUUGUCGGCCUCAAGAAGGAAGAGUCCGACGCCAUCCUCAACUUCCUCUACGAGCACAUCGCCUGGGGCGCCGACUUCCACGCCCGCGUCAAGUGGCAGGAGAAGACCGUCGUGGUCUGGGACAACCGAUCCGUUCAGCACACUGCCCUUGUCGACUGGAAGUCUGGCCAGCGAAGGCAUCUUGCCCGUAUCACGCCCCAGGCUGAGCGGCCCUAUGAGACCCCCUUUGAGGGUUAA